GGCAGAUGACCGCGGGAUCCCGGCCAAGCAUGUAAGCCACGGCAGAGCGAAAACGUAUAUUGCGCGCUGUGUAUAGAGCUACCCGUUGCUUGUGGGCCAACCAGGACGCAACCCAGGCGGGAUUGCUUACGUCCGUAGCCGCUUUUUAUGACGACAGCGUGGGAUGCUUGGCUACGGCCGCUUGUUUGCAUCGGCAAAGUUGUGCAGGCGCGAUCAUGAGAGCAGAGGUGGCCUGGAGCGAGGACAGCGGAUGUGUGUGUGUUUGUGUGGAGCGUCCUGGACUGCAGUACUCAGCUGCUUUCUCUGUGAACGAAGACUCUGUUUUUGUACUUUCGUGUAGAUCCUCUUGCGAAAGUGCCACAGCUUGUAUUACGCCGACGCAAUCUUAGAUCGCGGAUUAUUCGGGGAUUCUGGACUACCGUCUCAUCUAGAUUCACCUGUGGUACCUCCUGGAAAAGGCGAGGUUAGGUGCCUCUGCUAUCAGCGAUAACUCCUUGAACCAGACUUUCAAGCUUGCUUGAACAUUUGUUUUUACUUGAAAUUGCAAGCAGUCACAUAUCCGUGAUAAGUAAUAUUUUGAGGUUCACACCGAGACCUGUGCCUACCAUUCAGUAGGGAACCCUGUUUCCUUUAACCUGGUUCGAAAUCAAGCAGUCAUGGACACUCACGGAGCCGGUCGUCAGAACACCAAGUCUCGGCGGAAAGAGCGCAAAGAAGAAGCGAACAUGGCGCGCCUUAAGAAGGAAGUGGUCUCAAACUCCUGCAGUUUGGACAACCUCAGCAACCCGCCUCCGGACCGAAACCGCGGUCGACGACAUGGAAAAUCUGGAGGAGGCCAACGAAGAUGUUCCGUUCAAUCCGAUGUCCUGACACAGGCGCCACAUCAGAAACAAGGCAACCGCAAGACCAACAACGGCAAUAACAACGGACGUCGUGGGAAAAGGCAUCUCAAGAGGUCAGCCUCAGCAGCGGACCGUGAACCAAAGGCUCUGAACGGAAGACAACCUGUCCGCAGGACGAGCAGUGAAGGACCCAGGCCUCGAAACUUCGAUGUUCGAGACAAUCCGGACAGCGGCGCGGCCGCACGAUGUCCUAAAGUGCAUGCCAAGAGGGACACUGUUAAGGAAAACAACACCGGCUCCAGGUCGACGGUGAGCUCCGCAGAGCCCGAGUGGAGCGUUGCCAAGAGCAAGAACACGUCUUCGCUGACAGAACUGUUCGCGGUCGAGGUUGGUCUGUCCCCUGUGAGCGACGUGAGCGUAAAGGAGAGCAGGAGACGCAGGAUCGUCUUCGCAGUGGUGCUGGUCGCAUUAGCGCUCUUGACGGCCAGCGUGCUCCUCGUCGCCAUCACCCUGUUUCUCUCGCCGGCCGUCGACGAAGUUCUGCGGAAGGAAAACGAAAACCUGUUCCGGCUCCCGACGUCCACGGGCCUGACGACGCUGCCACCACCUACGGCUACGGCCACCUUCGUCGAAAACGCCACCACCAGUGCGCGGGCAGUCGGCUGACCACUGCGCAUCGGAGGGACACCAAAGCCGCCUUCUGGUGCCGCCAGUGGGUCAGCGUGCGGCGACUGCGACGGAAGUGCAAGCAUACCGGUGUUCAAGUCCGUACGGUUCGCUCGAACUGGACUCGAAGCACGGCCCGACUUGGAGCCUGUGUCGUCUGCAGGUGGCGAUCGCCAGUAAUUUUAAACGGGCAACGCAUCCACGAGCUGUGCUACCUGCAGCGUUUCGGAACGUCUAUGAGCGCGUACGGACCACAAACAUUUCUUUCUCCGUGUACGCGAAGGCAGUGUGAGCUUACUUCAGGUUCGAAAUCAGGCGAAACUGAGUCAGAGGAAAACGAGAAAUCAAUAGUAUUCUUGCUGUUCUCGACUUUUAUUUGUUUUCCCGCGAAGUAUACACCUGUUCAGCGGCGGCAGAUUUGUAACAGCAACGAAAACGACGGAUGUGUCAUCAGCACUAUCAGGUUUUGGAAGCUUAGUAAAAGGGAUCGGCUUUUAUUGCGAACAAAGUUGUAUUUCAAGAUAGCAGGCAACCACAAUGGGAAGGAACAAUUCACCCCAAACUUUACGACGCGAAAAAAAAAAUUGCGGUCUCUGACAAACUGAUUUUGAUUUGCAUUAGAAUAACAUUCCCCGCAGAGGUAGUAGAUCGGAAAAAAAAAAAAAAAAACUACACUAAUUCGCAAGGAAGAAACCUGUUCACUGCACACACAUUUCCGUCUCCCCACUGUUCACGCAUUACACUGUACAAACGCUCUCUCUCGUCUGCUGCACGGGAGAGGAGCUUCAAGAGAGAAGGUAAAGUCCGACCAUUACACGCCGUCGCCUCAACGCGAAACGUACCACUCGCGUUUUGUACACUUGCCGUCGACCACGUCCUCACACAUCCCCGCUUGCGCUUACUGAGUGAGAAGCGAGGGAUAUCCUCGAACAAGAUUAUGCCGUCGCGGGCAAAGCCUCGCAUGUUCUCUUCAGAUGUCGAGGAACCUCGGCACGACCCAGAGGGGAAACAUAUGAGCAGUCGUUGUUUUAGACAAUCCCUGCGAAGAGACAGCAGAGGCAACGCUUUAGAGGCCAACGGUAUUCGACUCGCGUACGCACAAGCACCACGGGGCGCGUCCAAUCGAUAACCGUAAAGCAUUCUAACGUGCGUAAACUGUACCACUUUUCGGCGUCAGUAUUUAAAGCUAUUCUUGCUGUUUAUUUAUUGUUUUUUUAGUUUUCUUCACGAGUCCCGUUUGGUAUGUACUAUAGAUUGUCUCGUGAAACAGAUUGUCGCUUUCGCUCUCUUGGACACAAGAAAAAUUGUAAGCGCCGGCAGCUCUAGCUUUAGUGCAUCGAUAUCUACAGAAGAGAGAGUUUGAUAGCGAGACUACAUUGUACUGCAUUGCUUUGUUACAGGAACAAUGUUGUAUACGCUUUUCUUUUUGCCGCGGUUCAUAACAUCACAUUACGUGGUUGGUAUCGGAGUACACCGUCAAAAGUAUUUACUGGUCCAAAUAAUAUUGUAGUUCCCAGCAGAACGAGCAAAAUCAAGGACAAUUCUAAGCCUCGUUUAAGCUUAAGUCCCGACGCAGCCGACUCUACGAGCUAAAUGAAACCAAUCAAGACCCUCCAAAGCACAAGUCACUAGAGUUUUCAGUACAUGAUUGGUCCAGUAAUGAUAGAACACGUAAAUAAACAUGAGAAACGCCAUGAUGGUGAGUUUUUGACGCUGUCUGUUUUUUCCUAUCAGCACGUAGCGCCAGUUGUGUCAGGACUUAAGGUGAAACAAAGUAUAGAUCAACUUUUUUUUAACAAAGAAAUGAAAGAAAAGGAAAUGCAUAAGGCUCUUUGUUUGAACUAGACCUUUGUUGUAAGGGUCUCUGGUCUUAGUUUUCAUGACUACACUGGAGAACAGCUACGGGGUCGUGUUCACACCAGUAGAACUCUUCAGUGACAGUUUCUUACGCAGUCAAAAAAAAAAAUCAAGUUUCAUUUGAAAGUAGUCAUGUAAAGCUGCGAACAUCACCGACUCCAAAGUACGUACUUGAAAAAAGGCCGCAGUUUCAGGAGAUACUCGUGAAGGCAUCUCUGGUUGAGUCAAAGUCGCCAUGGGCCCUCCGACAGAUUCAACAGGCGAGCUGAUGGUGGUACUACCUCCUGUAAAAGUUCCUCGCAUUUCUAUAAUGUUUUCAAAGAACUCUUCAUCAAGAGCCGAAUAUUUUCGUUUUAGGCGACAUCAAUGUUUGCUUACUCUGACAUACUAUUCGAAAUUUGAACCAGAAACACGAUACUGUGUAGCCGACGGGAGCAGCAAAGUCAUACAAAUGGCAAUAAAAACAAAAGACUCUACGUGAUAACGGCGUUCCAUCAAGAUGGUACCUUCGCUCGAAAGUAGCUACAAAAUGGCUUUUUUCUUCUUAUGUGAAAAGCAGUGUAAUGGUGACCAAGAACUUGGUGAGGCUGACAUUAAAUGAGGAUUUCGGUGAACACACGUCCAAACUCGUGUUCAUUUUUGGGCAUUCCGAUAACGUGGAACAAUUGCUUGUAACUCAUGUCUUUAAACGUCUUUUUUUUUUUUACACUGGCGUUUAUUUACGUAGCAACUCCUUGUUUCGCUUUGCCGCGUUUUAUUCCUUCUUUAGUCUCCGAGUCCGUAAGUACGUGCCAAAGGCCGCGUGUAAUGUUGUAUUACAUUGUACUUGUAUAUUUCUAGUCAUGAUUAGGUUUUGUUAAUCUGAGGAGCAAAUAAAAAAAGUGGGUUAAGGUUGAAAAA